AUGCAGGCGCUUGUUGGUUUUGCUCAAAUUACCGUUUACUAUCAGCAAGGUCAACAGCCGUUGGCGAGCGGGACAUCGAGUGCAACUUCAGCGAACUACACCGGCGCCGCAGCAUACAAUCCUACUGUUCUCAAUCCACCUGACCCGCCAAACCCUGCUAUUACCACCAACUUUGCUAUCCAGCUGCAGAAUGGAGGAAUGCCAGGAGCGUCAAUACCGCAGACCGGCUCAUUUUUUGGAUUUUCUAUAGAAAUGUCUGUUGUCAACCAAGUUUGUGAAACUGUCCUUCAAGUUCCGUUUCUCAAUCUGAUGGCCAACCUCGCACAGCGUGUGGGUCGGGUAAAUAUCCGUGUCGGAGGAAACACACAAGAGACUGCUGUUCUCGUCCCAAGCACCCCGGACGGCAAGAUCCUCGAGAAGGAUAUCACCGGCGCAUCAAACCCAACACAAACGCCACCGUUAAUCUUUACGCCAGAUCUCAUUUAUAUGAUGGGGAACAUCUCAGCUCUCGUCGAUAUUCGAUGGUAUCUUGGUAUACCCUUCAACGAUACCUCGAACUUUCGCCUUGGAAUCGCCGAGUUAGGGGAGGCGGUUUUGGGCGACCAUCUUGUUGGAUUGCAAGUAGGAAAUGAGCCAGAUUUGUAUGUUGCGCACGGUCAUCGUCCAUCGACCUACGGUCCCUACGAUUAUGCAGGAGAAUUCAGCACACUUGUAGAAGCGGUGGCAAAUGACAGCAAUAUUCCGAGCAAGAAUCUUCUCAUUGGUCCGAACAUUGCAAGAAUAGCUUGGACCCCAGAGAUGGUAUGGAACACAGGCUUCGUCGACAAGUUCAGCACCAAUCUCGCAUUCCUCGCUGUGGAACACUAUCCCACCGACAAUUGCUAUGCGCAAUUCGGACUUGGCAGCCCUCACGACCCUCAAGCUCUUUUUCCAACAUAUCUGAAUCACGGGGCAGGGCAGGCCGUCGUCGCACCGUAUUUGAAUUCGACCGCUUUCGCUCAAACAAAAGGAAAGCAACUGUUGAUGUUUGAAACCAACACGGCGUCUUGUGGCGGUUUUGCUGGUAUCAGCGACUCUUUUGGUGCAGCUCUAUGGGGCCUUGAUUAUGGCAUGCAGAUGGCGAACUCAAAUUUCUCCGGCGCUCUAUUCCACGUUGGUGGUCAGAGCGUAUUCUACAACGUAAGACUUCCACCCCCAACUAAUCAAUCGACCUUCCAUCAAUGGACGAUCGGACCCAUCUACUACUCCGCACUCGUUAUGGCGGAGGCCCUCGGGCCUACGAAUUCCUCUCAAGUCCUUGACCUUGUGGCCAAUAGCAAUAACACGUUGACUCCCGCUUAUGCAAUCUAUGAGAAUGGAAAUCCCGUUAGGGUACUUUUAUUCAACUACAUCACCGAUCCUUCAGGCGCGAACACUAUCACGGUGAACAUCGCUAUUGGAGGUGGUCAAACGGGUCAGGCGAAUGCAACCCCUUCACACGUUCAAGUGAAGUAUCUUCUUGCUCCAUCGGUAUCAACAAAGGGUAACUUUACAUGGGCGGGCCAGACCUUCGGAGCUAAUUUCGAAUCCGACGGCCGCCCACAAGGCACCCUGGACGUACAAACUGAGCAAUGCGAUCAGACGGCGAAUACAUGUGCCGUUACAGUCCCCGCACCGGGCGUAGCUCUCGUUUUCCUCUCCCAUGCCGCUCUGACGGAGGUUACCGACGCCGCUCCGUCCACCACAUUCUCUACUACAUUUUUAACAAAAACAGUAAAUACCCUCACUAUAGAUCCGUCAGUGUUGGCGACGUCCAACGGACAUGCGGCGAUGCAUGCCAACAAGGAUAAUCUUGGAAGCACGAGUAAGGGGAGUAUUAGUGCAGCGGAGGUGACUGGGAGAUUAGAGGGCGGUGCUUUGGUAUUGUCAGCGAUUGUUUUCGGAGCUUUGAUGGUGGGAAGAGGGUUGGUUAUGUGGUGA